GUGACCCGUUCCAUUAUUUAAAGCCGUCUCUACAGGGCUUCUCCUCCCAAGUCUCAAGUUCCCUAAACUUCUUUCUCAUUUUCUCAUCUCAUCUAGCUCUAAGGCAAGAAGCAGGAAACAAGGCUCUAUGCAGACGACGGCGACCCAAGCUCCUCCUCCUCCUCCUCCUCCUCCUCAUCUUAAAUAUUUGCAGGAAGAAGUGGAGGAACUGAAGGGAGAGGGUAAGCACUUACUCCCCUCCCUACCAAGAGGUGUAGGAUGGAUCUGUAAUCAUCUGUAUCAAUACCAAGGCUUUUGGUACACAGCCAGGAAACUGCUGGGAGCGAUCAACUGUCAAGGACAUUUCAAAGCCCAGGACACCGACCUUCUCCUUGUUACCAAUCCCAAAUCAGGUACUACUUGGUUGAAAGCCAUUGCCUUUGCCAUUGUGAACCGUAAGCGUUACUCUUUCUCUCACCACCCACUGCUCACGACAAACCCACAUGAGCUUGUACCCUUUUUAGAGAUCAAGCUCUACGUUGAUGACCAUGUUCCUGACCUUGCCACCUUCACCUCUCCAAGGCUCUUCUCCACUCAUCUCCCCUAUUUAUCGCUCCCGGAUUCCGUCAAGCAUUCCAAGUGCAAAGUUGUUUUCCUCUGUAGGGAUCCUAAAGACACCUUCAUUUCACUCUGGCACUUCACAAGCAAGUUGAGAACCAGUGGUCAAGAACCCAUUUCACUGGAAGAGGCGUUUCAUAGAUUUUGCAGGGGAGUCAGCCUGUAUGGGCCUUUCUGGGACCAUGUUUUGGGGUAUUGGAAUGAAAGCCAAGAAAGGCCUGAUAGGGUAUGUUUCUUCAAGUAUGAAGAGAUGAAGGAGCAACCCGCUGUUCACAUCAGAAGGUUGGCCAAGUUUUUGGGUUACCCAUUCUCCCCGGAGGAAGAGGAGGAAGGAACAGUGGAGGAGAUAUUCAGGUUGUGCAGUUUUGAUACUUUGAGUAAUUUGGAUGUGAACAAGAACGGGAAGAUGGAGUCGGGAGAGGAAUAUAGGACGUUCUUCCGGCGAGGCGUGGUCGGAGAUUGGGUGAACUAUCUGACGCCUGAGAUGGUAGAUGAGUUCAAUCGGAUCACAGAUCAAAAGUUGGGAGGUUCUGGUUUGACGUUUUAGCUAAUCCUAGUAUUGUUUUUUGUUUCUUACUCUGUUGUCUGUAUGUGUUCAUUGUCGAUGUGAUUCGUGUGGUUUGUGGUUGAAACUCGUAAACGUACUCAAGUGGAAUUAAAUUGCUCUUCAGUCUUCACGUGUU